AUGAAGUGGCUGGUCCUUGCCCUGGUGUGUCUUCACCUCUGUGAAGGCAUUGUCAAAGUUCCUCUGAAAAAAUUCAAGUCCAUGCGGGAGGUCAUGAAGGAGAAGGGUGUUCUUCAAGAUUUCCUUAAAAAAAAUCAUUUUGACCCAGCCAGCAAGUACCUGAACAAGUUUGCCACCGGCUAUGAACCUCUUGCUAACUACAUGGAUAUGUCCUAUUAUGGCCAGAUCACCAUUGGAACUCCACCCCAGAGCUUCUUGGUUCUCUUUGACACUGGGUCAUCCAACCUCUGGGUGUCAUCUGUCUACUGCCAGAGUCAAGCUUGCACAAACCAUCCACUAUUUAACCCCAGUCAGUCUUCCACUUAUUCCACCAAUGACCAAACCUUCUCUCUGCAAUAUGGAACUGGCAGUCUCACUGGGCUCUUUGGCUAUGACACAGUAACAAUCCAGGGUAUUUCCAUUACUAACCAGCAAUUUGGCUUGAGUGAGACUGAGCCGGGCACUAAUUUUGUCUAUGCCCAGUUUGAUGGCAUCCUGGGUCUUGCUUACCCUGCCAUUUCUGCUGGUGGUGCUGCCACUGUUGUUCAGGGACUCAUGCAGGAGAACCUUCUGGAUUCCCCUAUGUUCAGCUUCUAUCUGAGUGGCUUCUAUAUUGGUAACCAGAUCACUGACUGGUGCAGCCAAGGAUGCCAGGCAAUUGUUGAUACUGGAACAUCCCUUCUCACUGCUCCACAGCAGGUCUUUGGAGAGCUGAUGCAGUCCAUUGGGGCUCAGCAAGAUAGCAAUGGACAGUACGUGGUCAGCUGCAGCAACAUUCAGAGCAUGCCCACUAUCACUUUUGUCAUCGGUGGGAGCAGUUUCCCUCUGAGUCCUUCUGCCUACAUCCUUGAGAACAAUAAUGGCUACUGCAGCAUUGGCAUCAUGCCCACUUACCUGCCAUCCCAGAACGGGCAACCUUUGUGGAUCCUUGGUGAUGUCUUCCUCAGGUCCUACUACUCUGUUUACGAUGUGGGCAACAACCAGGUUGGCUUCGCAGCAGCAGCAUAA